CAUCUAUAACAUGUGACUAAAGGGGGGCGGGUCCAACAUUCAUUUCCGGAAACAUGGAGGCUGUGCUGAGCGAUGUUGUAGCUCCUGAAGACCUUUUAAAAUUUGAGAAGAAAUACAACAGUGAGCUGCUGAAGGGAGCCGUGUCCAAAGAAACAAAAUUUGAAUAUGCUUGGUGUCUGAUCAGGAGUAAAUACACACAGGACAUCAAGAAGGGGAUUGCUCUCUUGGAGGAACUUGUUCAGAAAGCAUCAAAGGACGACUCUCGAGACUUCCUGUUCUACCUUGCUGUGGCCAACUACAGACUCAAAGAAUAUGAGAAAGCCCUGAAGUACAUCCGGACUCUUCUAAAGAACGAGCCGGGCAAUAAGCAGGCUCUGGAGCUGGAGAAACUCAUCGACAAGGCUUUAAAGAAAGACGGCUUGGUUGGUAUGGCGAUCGUCGGGGGAAUCGGUCUUGGCGUGGCCGGAUUAGCGGGCCUCAUCGGUUUGGCUGUGUCAAAGGGAGCUGCUAAAUCCUAACCUGGACAUGGGACAUCAUGCCGGACUGACACACUGACCCUUCCUCUGCAUAAACAACAUUUAAAACUUUGUGCAGAACGCUUGAGGGAUGUAACUUCUUGGUUUGAAGAUGAAUAUGUACUGCAACACAUUAAAGGGUUUGAAUAAUGCCAGUGAAUAACUCGUUUUCAUAUUUUUAACAGGGUUGAGAUUCACCAUACAUAUGACAUUACUUACCUGUCUAUUCUACACACCAUAGCAUGACACUUUUUAUUAUUUGUGUAUAUAAAUUAGAAUAGUCGAAGUUAAUCCCAAUUUUAUGUAAUUUGUCAGUUAAUAUGCGCCUCAGCCUGAACUUCCUAAGUUGAAAUUUACAUUUUGUUUAAAAAAAAACUUUAUUAUAGUGCAGUUGUGGUUCUUUUACUGUCUGUUUAAUUAUUUUUUGACAUAAAGAAAUUGUUAAGGAAAGUGUUAUUGGAGCAGUAGGAAGUGUAGCUUGUGAUGCCAAAAGAUUUGCUUGUUGUUGAGGUAGCAGUGAGUGCCAUACUGCUGGUAGAAGACUAGAAGAACAGCUACUGCUGUGGAGGCAAUGAGGAGAUGUUUGCAUUUAUUUUGGACAUAAGGUUUCUGUUCUUUUGUUCUGAAUUCAACUUUAAGGUAAGGGACGCAACAAACUUAUUGGAGAUGAAUACCUUCUGUCAUGUUAAAUGCAUUUCCUAACACUUACCUGUGCUACAUUUAAUGGGUUGUGUUUUCCAUCUUGUUAAAUAAAAUGAUUUUGAACUGAAA